CUAUUUUCUCUUCUCCUCUCUCUGUAUUCUCUGGAAUUUAGAGAGAGAGAAGAUAUCCGAUCGACUGUGUCACAUUUCCAUCAUCGGAAACGAUCUCAGUGGAAAGAGUUGAAAAACGUAAAUUCAGAACGAAUCUACAAUGGCUAUCGAAGUAAAAGGCGUUCUAUCUCACGGUGGAAAAUACGUUCAGUACAACGUCCUCGGAAACCUAUUCGAGGUCUCCGCCAAGUACGUCCCUCCGAUUCAACCCGUCGGCCGUGGCGCUUACGGCAUUGUUUGCUGCGCUACAAAUUGUGAUACAAAAGAGGAGGUUGCAAUCAAGAAAAUCGGGAACGCAUUUGACAACAGGAUUGACGCUAAAAGGACCCUGCGAGAGAUCAAACUCCUUAGCCAUAUGGAUCAUGCCAAUAUCAUCAAAAUUAAGGACAUCAUAAAGCCACCAGAGAGAGAAACGUUUAAUGAUGUUUACAUUGUGUAUGAAUUAAUGGAUACUGAUCUACAUCAGAUUAUUCGCUCUUCUCAGGCACUCACUGAAGAUCACUGCCAGUACUUCCUUUAUCAGUUGUUACGGGGACUGAAGUACAUACACUCUGCAAAUGUUUUGCACCGAGAUCUGAAACCAAGCAACUUGCUUCUCAAUGCAGACUGUGACCUCAAGAUUUGUGAUUUUGGGCUCGCAAGAACCACCUCUGAGACAGAUUUCAUGACAGAAUAUGUUGUAACCCGAUGGUAUCGAGCACCUGAGUUGUUGCUCAAUUGUUCAGCAUAUACAGCAGCAAUUGAUAUUUGGUCAGUUGGUUGCAUUUUAAUGGAGAUUAUUAAAAGAGAACCUCUUUUUCCGGGUAAAGACUAUGUUCAGCAGUUGGGGCUCAUAACUGAGCUGUUAGGUUCCCCGGAAGAGUCAGACCUUGGAUUCCUAAGGAGUGAUAAUGCUCGGAGGUAUGUCAAGCAGCUACCUCAUUUCCCAAGGCAACCUUUUCUGCAGAAGUUCCCAGAUAUGUCCCCAGUUGCCAUUGACCUGGCCGAGAAAAUGUUAGUUUUUGAUCCAGCUAAACGCAUUACUGUUGAGGAAGCACUGAACCAUCCAUUCUUAUCAAGUCUUCAUGAGAUCAAUGAAGAGCCUACUUGCACAUCUCCUUUCAUCUUUGAUUUUGAACAAUCUUCCUUAAGUGAAGAAGACAUAAAGGAGCUAAUAUGGAGUGAGUCUGUAAAGUUCAACCCAGAAGAGCUAUUGAAGUAACCGCACCAAUAUUCUCGGUUUUUGUUGUUUACUUCGUUGAUGUCCUGUUUGAGUGUUUGAUUUUCGUUUGGAUUAUAAUAAAUGUACAAAAAUGUUUGAGUUUCCAUAUAAGCAGAGUGGUUAAGGAGAUAGGUUCUCCCUUGUAUCGAGCCAGGAAUGAGAUUUUUUUCCAUUUUUAUAUGGCUGGGUUGGGUUGAGGGGUGCACGAUUGUAAUUGAAAAUUGAUAUGCGAUAAAAGGUUAAUCUCUUAGCCUUAAGAAUGUAUUGCUGUUCUAUGUUUUGUACCAG